CCAGCUGCUCACAUCAUUGGUUAAAGCCAGAAGAAAGCACACUGGAAACAACACUCCAUUUACAAACGUCUUUCAUGACACAAACCACAAAAAAAGAAAAGUAAUGGAUUGUGACCGGAAGGGAAGGAAAGAGAGGCAUACUGAGAGAAAGACGAUGAAUCUUGCCUAUGAGGAACCUGAGGCCCAGCCUAGGAAGAAGCUGGCUAAAAGGAGGGGGAAAAGCAAAGAAGAGCAGAAGGUGAAGACAGAAAAGACUGAGACGAUCUCCUCGGUCACUAAAAAAGGAAGGAAGGGGAAUCUAAAGAGAAAAAGAUUGGAUGUUCAUCAUAAAGAACCUGAGCCCCAGCCCAAGGAGAAGGCAAACAAGAGGAGGAGAACAGAGAAAAAAGAGAAGACUGAAAAUGCAGAAAACAUUUUCAGUCGAUACGUUUUGGAUGGUAUGCUGGGAGGAGGGAGCUUUGGCGCCGUCUACCCAGGAGUUCGGAAAUCAGAUGGGAAAAAGGUGGUCGUGAAAUUCACGCCUAAGCGUCCAAAUGAGCAAUAUAUCACUCUGCCCGGUGACAUACACAGUCUUCCUCUUGAGGUGGCACUAAUGGAGAUCGUGUGCAAGCCGCCUCAGUGUCAGUUUGUGAUAGAGCUGGUGGAAUGGUGCGAGACACCCUCAUUUAUCAUCUUGGUUCUGGAGCGGCCCGACCCCUGUGUGGACCUCUUCAAAUACCAGCAAACUGUAAACAUGUCUGAAUCACUGGCUCGAACCAUCAUGCGGCAGGUGAUUCAGGCUGCACGUCAUUGCCGUGACCGUGGUGUCUUCCACCAGGAUAUCAACUCAAAAAACAUUCUCGUAAACCCCCAGACAAUUGAAGUGAAGCUGAUCGAUUUCGGCUGUGGUGAUCUGCUUAAGGACACCCCUUACAAGGAAUUUAACGGCACCAAGAUUUUCCGCCCACCAGAAUUGUUUGUGGAAGGAGAGUACAAGGCAAAACCUGCCACCGUCUGGGGUCUUGGCCUUCUUCUGUACAACCUGUUAUGUGGACGAGAUGUUUUCUGUAGAGUGAAAGAGAUCGUUGAAGGCCACAUGGACUUCCCUGAUCAUCUGUCUGAAGCUUCCUGCAGUCUGUUGAAGUGGUGUCUGCAACAAGACCCGAAGAAAAGACCAACCCUCGAGCAGAUCCUCUCACAUCACUGGUUCACAUCAUGAAGAAGUAGCAGAGUUGACUGUCCCACUCACAGACGGGGCUGUGUAUUGUGCUAAUGUAUUGCACUACUGAUCAUCUACGGUAUAAACUAAAAAAAUGAAAUGUCUUUUAAGGGUCAUUAAUGUAGAAAACUGUCUUGCAUUGAGUAACAUAUUGUAUGCAUGUUAAUAAAGCCUUUAAUAUGUUAAAGUGAUGUUAAUGUAAUCUGGAGAGAAAUAAAGACUUGUUAAUGCACAAAACCAAAAUUCUUUACAACCCUCUACA